GACCUGUGUUACGAGUCGGUGGUCUCCUGGGCGGGGGACGGGGCUGCACAGGCGCCCGAACCGACUGCGCCUGCGCCGGGCUCUCGGCCUCUAGCGACUUUUUGCUGGGCUGGGGUCGCAUCCUGUGUUUUUUCCAAUUUCACAGCUUCUCCUUAGACUUUUUGGAAACCGACGGUUGGCUGGGUCAUUAAAAGUUAUUUCUUGUUUCUACAGACGGUAACGCAGAAGGAAGGAAUUCUCACCUGACCCGGUUCUGAGCAAAGAAAACAAAAACUCCAGGAACAUCUGCUGAGAAGAAAAACACUUUUUGCAUACAAGCAGGAAAAUGAGAUGUUAUCCAGUAGUAGAGGUCAGAGAGCUGUGACAUCUGAGGACCAAGUUCAAGAAGGGACUACAGUGCUGAAACUUAAAGCAAAAAUGGCUGAUAAAGAAAAUGUGAAGAGACCUACAGGGAGCAAAAACAGUAUAAUAGUGGGGAGAAAUUGUAUUCCUUUAAAACCUUCAAAUGAAGUAACCAAUUCAACUGUAGUAAUUGACACACAUAAACCUAAGGAUAGUAAUCAAAAUCUGCAGUUGUUACUAACUGAAGAUGAUCCCCCAAAUCAACAUAUGACAUUAAGCCAGGCAUUUCACCUGAAAAACAAUAGUAAAAAGAAACAGAUAACUGCAGAGAAACCAAAGCAAGAUGCUAACAUGCCCAAGAAACCUGUGCUUGGAUCUUAUCGUGGCCAGAUUGUUCAGUCUAAGGUGAAUUCAUUUAGAAAACCUCUACAAGUCAAAGAGGAGAGUUCUGCAGCAACAAAGAAACUUUCAACCACUGUCCCUAGAGCCACAAAGCCUCAGCCUGUAAAUGCCAGCAGUGUAACAGUGAAAAGUAAUAGAUCCUCAAGUAUGACUGCCACCACGAAAUCUGUAAGCACUACAUCUCAGAACACACAACUUGUGCGACCUCCAAUUAGAAGUUAUCACAGUAAUACUGUGAAACAAGGCAUCAGUAGAACCUCUGCCCAUGUUACAAUCCGGAAAGUGCCUCGUGAAAAAGAAUUGUUAGAAUCAAAAACAGCUUUACCUAGUGUCAAAACCAGUUCUUGUCAAGAUGUAAUAAGAAGUAAAACACUGUUAAGAAGCAUGGCAUCUGAAGUUGUGGCCGGGCCUACUUCAUUGUCUAAUGACAAACUGAUGGAAAAGUCGAAGCCCAUUGACGAGCGAAGACAUACUGUAGGAAAAGCAACUGUUGAUAGAUCAGUUCAUCCCAAAGAAACCGCAGAAGAGAGAAAAGCUCGUCUGAGUGAGUGGAAAGCUGGCAAAGGAAGAGUGCUAAAAAGGCCUCCGAACUCAGUAGUUAUUCAGCAUGAACCUGAAGGACAAAAAGAAAAACCAGUUGGGUCUUUUUGGACUACCAUGGCAGAAGAAGAUGAACAAAGAUUAUUUACUGAAAAAGUAAACAACACAUUUUCUGAAUGCCUGAACUUGAUUAAUGAGGGAUGUCCAAAAGAAGAUAUACUGGUCACACUUAAUGAGCUGAUUAAAAAUAUUCCAGAUGCCAAAAAGCUUGUUAAGUAUUGGAUAUGUCUUGUACGUAUGGAACCAAUCACAAGUCCUGUUGAAAAUAUUAUUGCAAUCUAUGAGAAUGCCAUUCUGGCAGGGGCUCAGCCUAUUGAAGAGAUGCGACACACAAUUGUAGAUAUUCUAACAAUGAAGAGUCAAGAAAAAGUUAAUUUGGAAGAAAAUACGGAGAAGGCUUGUGCAACCAAGGAAUUAGUCACAGAAGUCAGUAUUGAAGAUACAGGUGUUGAUGUAGAUCCAGAAAAACUGGAAAUGGAGAGUAAACAUCAUAGAAAUGUGCUAUUCCAAGACUGUGAAAAAGAGCAAGACAGCAAAACAAAAGAUCCAACCCAUGAUAUUAAAACCCCCAGUACAGAAAUAAGGACAAGCUGCUUAAUUAAAUAUAAUGUGUCUACUACGCCGUACUUGCAAAGUAUGAAAAAGAAGGUGCAGUUGGAUGAAACAAAUUCUGCAUUUAAGGAGCUGAAGUUUUUAACACCAGUGAGACGUUCUCAACGUCUUCAAGAGAAAACUUCUAAAUUGCCAGAUAUGUUAAAAGAUCAUUAUCCUUGCGUGUCUUCAUUAGAACAGCUAACGGAGUUGGGAAGACAAACUGAAGCUUUUGUAUGCCGCCCUAAUGCAGCACUGUGCCGGAUGUACUCUGAGGAUUAAAUGACAGAAGAGAACUAAAGCUCUGAUAGGGAAUUGGGUUUUUAUGAUUUGUGGGGUGUUUUGUUUGGAGUAGCUUUAUAUUGUCCUUAGGUCUGGAGUUGGUCAAGUACCUAUGUAAGUAUUCAUGGCAGUGAGCUGCUUUACUAACAUUCAUGUUAUGGCAAGAGUUGUCCUCUGCAUUAGAAAGCUACUGUUUCAAUCUCAACUGACUGAGUUUUUCUUUUAAGAUAGGCACAUCUUGUCAGCUAGUUUACUGUGUUCCUUGAAUAUAAAUAGGUUAUAAUACUAGGCUGUUCACUUUACUAACUGUAAGUACAGUAAUGAUGCAUCAUUAGAAAAUGAGUUAUUCUAGUUAAAAUGUGUAUGUUUGCAUUGACAUGUUUUUAAAAGUUAUGGUACACCUCCCUGCCUUUAAACAGAAUAAUUUUUGGGGAAGCUUUUUUGGAUUAGUAUGAAAGUUAAAAAUUGUAUAGAAUGACUCACUUUGAAUAUUAAGACACAGGCGGUUUAGCUUGCUUUCUCACCAAAUUCAUGUUACCCAGACUUGUGUUCUGUUGUCCCUUGGACUGCCUAUUGAUUGAUGCAAGUGUCUGCACUCUCUCUUUUCAUCCGUAGUAGUCUGUGGUCUCAUGGCCUCUUUUGAUUAUAACUAGGGUCACCAAGAAGGAUGCUUAAUUAAAUAAGAGAAGAUACUUUGUGUAAGAAAGAAAAUAUGCCUGAUUUAUUGGUUUAACUUCUGUAACUUCACUUUAAAAACUACAAUUUUUUAAACAAUUGUUUAAAAAAUUUAAACAAUUAGAAUGGAGUAGGGAAACAAUAUAUCAUACCGAAUAAAUGUCAUUCUAGUUUAGAAAGCAUUUCUAAAAUACUUGAUAGUUACACAUUUUUCUCUCCACACAUAAAUACCACCACUAAAACUGUUUCGUAAGUCUCUAAACUAAUACUUACGUGGCACACAUCAUCUGUCAAUUCUACGGUUCCAAAUAAGUGACUUUUUAAUUGUAAAAGAUUAGUUUAAGUUAAACUAUAUCAUGUGGUUGAAGAUCACAUGCUUUGUCAUUUUUAUGUUCAUUCCAUUUAUGUAUCUUUUUUACUAUUGACUUCUCAUGUUCUAGAGAGUAAGGUUUUUAUUCUGUGUACCUGAUAUGUAUACAAUAAAAAUAAUUAUAAUGAUGUUUUCAUGAA